AUGGCCGAAGAAGUGUAUGAUGGUGCCAUCGGCAUCGAUCUGGGUACCACCUACUCCUGCGUUGCCACAUACGAGGGUAACAAUGUCGAGAUCAUCGCCAACGAGCAGGGUAGCUUCACUACCCCCUCGUUCGUCUCCUUCACAGAGGAGGAGCGAUUGAUCGGUGAGGCUGCCAAGAACCAGGCUGCCAUGAACCCGGUCAACACCGUCUUCGAUGUCAAGCGACUGAUUGGCCGUCGUUUCGACGACCCUACCGUCAAGAAGGACAUGGAGUCAUGGCCCUUCAAGGUUGUCGACGAGGAUGGCAACCCCAAGGUCCAGGUUGAGUACCUCGGUGGCACGCACACCUUCUCCCCCCAGGAGAUCUCCGCCAUGGUCCUCACCAAGAUGAAGGAGAUUGCCGAGACCAAGCUCGGCAAGAAGGUCGAGAAGGCUGUCAUCACUGUCCCGGCCUACUUCAACGACAACCAGCGUCAGGCCACCAAGGACGCCGGUGCUAUUGCCGGUCUCAACGUCCUCCGUAUCAUCAACGAGCCUACCGCUGCUGCCAUUGCCUAUGGUCUGGGCUCUGGCAAGUCCAACAAGGAGCGCAACGUUCUCAUCUACGAUCUUGGUGGUGGUACUUUCGAUGUCUCCCUGCUCAACAUUCAGGGUGGUGUCUUCACCGUCAAGGCUACUGCUGGUGAUACUCACUUGGGUGGUCAGGACUUCGAUACUAACCUGCUGGACUACUGCAAGAAGGAGUUCACCAGGAAGACCAAGAAGGAUCUCAGCGGAGAUGCCCGUGCUCUGCGAAGACUCCGAACUGCUUGCGAGCGUGCCAAGCGUACCCUCUCCAGCGGUGCUCAGGCUCAGAUCGAGAUUGACUCCCUCUUCGAUGGCGAGGACUUCAACAUCUCUGUCACUCGUGCCCGUUUCGAGGACCUCAACCAGAAGGCCUUCGCUGGCACCAUCAACCCCGUUGAGCAGGUUCUUAAGGAUGCUAGCAUCGAGAAGAGCGCAGUUGACGAGAUUGUGCUCGUUGGUGGUUCCACCCGUAUCCCCAAGAUCCAGAAGCUUCUGAGCGACUUCUUCGAUGGCAAGAAGCUCGAGAAGAGCAUUAACCCCGAUGAGGCUGUUGCCUACGGUGCCGCCGUCCAGGCCGGUAUCCUCUCCGGAAAGGCCACCUCUGCCGACACCUCUGACCUCCUUCUCUUGGAUGUCGUUCCUCUGUCUCUUGGUGUCGCCAUGGAGGGCAACAUCUUCGCCCCUGUCGUUGCUCGUGGGCAGACAGUGCCGACCCUGAAAAAACGAACCUUUACCACCGUCGCUGAUAACCAGCAGACCGUCCAGUUCCCCGUUUACCAGGGUGAGCGUGUCAACUGCGAGGACAACACCUCUCUGGGAGAGUUCACUCUUGCUCCCAUUCCUCCCAUGAAGGCUGGUGAGCCCGUUCUUGAGGUCGUCUUCGAGGUCGACGUCAACGGUAUCCUCAAGGUCACUGCCACUGAGAAGACCUCUGGCCGCAGCGCCAACAUCACCAUUAGCAAUUCUGUUGGCAAGCUCUCAUCCAGCGAGAUUGAGAACAUGAUCAGCGAUGCCGAGAAGUUCAAGACCAACGAUGAGGCCUUCAGCAAGAGAUUCGAGGCCAAGCAGCAGCUUGAAUCCUACAUCUCCCGUGUCGAGGAGAUUAUCUCCGACCCGACUCUGUCCCUCAAGCUUAAGCGCGGACAGAAGGAGAAGAUUGAGCAGACUCUCAGCGAUGCCAUGUCCCAGCUUGAGCUCGAGGAGUCCAGCGCUGAUGACUUGAAGAAGAAGGAGCUGGCCCUCAAGAGACUUGUAACCAAGGCCAUGUCCUCAAGAUAA